GUGUAUGCAUUCUUUCAUCUAAUUCCCAAGAUUAGUGAGCAGAAUGAGUGGUGUGUGCAUGAAUUCAGGUGCCAAGGCAAGGGUUGCAAAGCCACUGUGAGGCAUUACCUCGAUAAAGGUGAUGCACAUUCGACAGAAAACCUGUGCAAACAUGUGGGCUCAUGUUGGGGAGAAGACAUUUUGAAGGCUGCAGAUGAAGUGAAAGAUGUUGACAAGGUUUGGAAGAAUAUUGUUGGCAGUGUCCUACAAAACAGAUCAAUCACUGUGUCAUUUGAAAGAAAGAGUAAAGGAAACAUCACAUACUCUCACUCAGGACCUGACAUACUUGACAGAGCAGAAAUUGUGCAUUGGGUGUUAGAAAACCUGCAUCCAUUUUAA